CGUUGGAUCGAAGACUCGAACUUGCCUUUACAGUAAAAUCUAUCGCCCUGAGGAAGAGGAGCAGUAGCCCACCCCGCCCUUGCUGGAGUCGCGAGGCGGAAGACAGUCGACCCUCGGCGUCACGCGAGUUGCCGGGAGGAGUAAGAAGAGGAAGAGGAGGAGGAGGAGGGAGGACCGCAGAUCUCGGUAUGGUCGCUGAGUGACCGCUUGCCUCGCGCACUCGUUCCGCCAGGGCAGGGCAGCUCCCCAAAAAUACGCACAGGUUAUGCCACCCCACAGGCUGACUGGAAACCCAACCGUCAAAGAGAAGGGCUGAUCCCAGACCCCCCACACUCCCGCUGCUGUGCCCCUCCCUGUCCCCAUGGCGACAGGAGGCCAUGCCCCCGAGACAGAUGUGUUGAUUAACCUGCAUCAGGUUCUGGCUGAAGAGGAGAAGGGCUCCACAGAAGGGCUAGAGGAUGAAGACUGGGAGAGGGCUCUGUCUGUGGAGCGGUUCGGGGACAUUAUUACAGAGUCAGGCACCAACGGUGCAGACAAAAUGGGGCGCAGCUACAAUGAGAAGGACUUUGAAUACCACCGCCAUACGUUCCACCACACCCACCACCCCCUGUCCACCCACCUCCCCCCACAGCGCUUCAGGAAGAGGGUGCUCAGCAUGGACCGCCGGCGCAAGAAGAAGCGCAAGAAAAAGAAAACCUCCAUGCCUCCCUCUGAGGUCACGCCCACCAUCCACGAAGUAGAUGAAGAAGAGGUGGAGUCUGAGAUGGAAGGUCAAGGCCUGGCAACCACACCCACUGAGGCUGCUGUGCAACAGAUGGAGUUUAGUUUGGGGAGUGAAGAGCAGCUGGUGCCCUCCCUUCCUCUCUCCAGCUUCCACGUGGAAAGUGAAACACCCCCCACCCCAGAGCAGCCCACCGCCAGUACUGCAGGAGCACAGCAGGAGGUGCCACAUGACAGGCAGGAAGAAGAGGAGGAAGAAGAGGAAGUGUCCAUCAGGUUUAGCCCGUCUCCAGAACCGGCCAGCGUGAGCACGAGAGGGUGGUUCCGCCGGAAGCCCGUCCACCGGCUGACCGGAGCCCAGCGCACCAGCUAUGACCUGAGGGAACGCAUUUGCAUCGGCAGCAUGACGGCCAUAGAGACGGCAGUGUACCAGAAAGUGCCCACAGAUGAAGCAGAGGCCCAGAUGCUGGCCACCGCUGACCUGGACGACAUGAAGAGUCACCGGUUCGAGGACAACCCUGGGGUGAGACGACACCUGGUGAAGAAGUCGUCUCGCUGUCAGGUCACACGGACCGGCAACAGCUCUCCACCUUUAUCCAGCCUAAAGAAGAGGAAGAAGAUCGACAAAAAGACUCAUGAGGUUUUUGUGGAGCUGAAUGAGUUGAUCGUGGACAAGAACCAGGAGAUGCGCUGGAAGGAGACGGCUCGGUGGAUCAAGUUUGAAGAAGAUGUGGAGGAGGAGACAGACCGCUGGGGGAAACCCCACGUUGCCUCACUGUCCUUCCGUAGCCUGCUGGAGCUCCGCAGGACCAUCACACACGGUGCCAUCAUGUUAGACCUGGACCAGACCACAAUGCCUGGCAUUGCCCACUUGCUGGUGGAGACCAUGAUCAUCUCGGACCAGAUCAGAGCCGAGGACCGGGCCAACGUGCUGCGUGCCUUGCUGCUCAAACACAGUCAUCCAAACGACGAGAAGGAGGGCCUCUUCCACCGCAACCAUUCGGUCAACAGCCUGGGAAGCCUGCGCCACAACCACAACCACGUCCACGACACGAGCCUGCCACUGGUGGCAGAAGACCACAGCGUGCCACUCGACACCAAAGCUGCAGAGCACGAGAAAAACCUGCACUCCACUGCUGGCGAGCCCCACGCUGCAGUCAGAUCUCUGAAACUGCUGGCAAAAAUCCCCAAGGAUGCUGAGGCCACGGUGGUUUUAGUGGGCUGUGUAGAUUUCCUGGAGCAGCCUGCCAUGGCGUUUGUGAGGCUAAACGAGGCGGUCAUGUUGGAGUCGGUUCUGGAGGUUCCAGUUCCAGUGCGGUUCAUCUUCGUGCUCUUGGGCCCGAGUCAAACCAACAUAGACUACCAUGAGGUUGGACGCUCCUUCUCCACACUCAUGUCUGAUAAGAACUUCCACGAGGUGGCCUACUUUGCUGAUGACCGGCAGGAUCUGCUAAACGGCAUAAAUGAGUUUCUGGACUGCAGCAUUGUGAUUCCUCCCUCUGAUGUUGAGGGCAAAGACCUGCUGAAGACAGUGGCCUCGUUCCAGAAGAUGAUGCUGCGCAAACGCAGGGAGAGAGAGAACAAGAAAUGCAUGAACACUGUGGUGGGAUCUGAUCAAGAGACUAAAGAUCUGUGUCGAGAAGAGCAGGAGGAGGAGGAGUCAGAGGUGGAUCCUCUGAAGCGCUCCGGUAUUCCAUUCGGGGGAGUCAUCCAUGACAUCCGCCGACGCUACCCGCACUACAUGAGUGACCUGAAGGAUGCGGUGGACACUCAGUGCAUUGCUGCUGUUAUUUUUAUCUACUUCGCUGCCCUCUCACCCACCAUCACUUUCGGAGGACUGCUGGGGGAAAAGACUCAAGGUAUGAUCGGGGUCUCAGAGCUCAUUAUUUCUACGGCUGCAGUCGGGGUGCUGUUCUCCCUGCUGGCAGGACAGCCGCUGCUCAUUAUUGGCUUCUCUGGGCCUCUCCUAGUGUUUGAGGAGGCCUUCUACAAGUUCUGCCAGGCGCAGGGCUUCGAGUACCUCACAGGUCGAGUGUGGAUCGGCUUCUGGCUCAUCUUCAUUGUGCUGGUGAUUGUAGCAGCUGAGGGCAGCUUCCUGGUACGCUACAUCUCACCCUUCACUCAGGAGAUCUUCGCCUUCCUCAUCUCCCUCAUCUUCAUCUACGAAACCUUCUCGAAACUCUUCAAGGUGUUUCAAGAGCAUCCGCUGAUGAGGAGCUACCCAGCCUCUCCAAACCCUUCGGCCCUCGGACUCCCAGGCGCAAAUGAGGACAGUGUGCUGAUUGAGGGGCCUAUUCUAAACCAACCCAACACAGCCCUGCUUUCCUUCGUACUGAUGCUGGGAACCUUCUUCGUGGCCUUCUUCCUCAGAAAGUUCCGCAACAGUCGCUUCCUUGGCGGCAAGGCCAGGAGAAUCAUUGGAGACUUUGGGAUCCCCAUCUCUAUUCUGCUGUCGGUGGUGGUGGACUAUUGUAUCCCUGACACUUAUACACAGAAACUGAACGUGCCCUCUGGUUUCUCCGUCACAUCUCCCGACAAGCGCGGCUGGUUCAUCAGCCCGUUCGGAGACAAACAGCCUUUCCCCGCGUGGAUGAUGGGAGCCUCUGUGGUGCCCGCCCUUCUCGUCUUCAUCCUCAUCUUUAUGGAAACGCAGAUCACCACUCUGAUAGUGAGUAAGAAGGAGCGUCGAUUGGUGAAGGGGUCAGGCUUUCACCUCGAUCUGUUGCUGAUCGUGACUCUGGGGGCGAUAUGCCCACUGUUCGGCUUGCCCUGGCUAACGGCCGCCACGGUGCGCUCUGUGACCCACGUCAACGCUCUGACCGUCAUGAGCAAGGCUACUGCCCCUGGAGAAAAGCCCAUGAUCCAGGAGGUCAAAGAGCAGAGGGUUACUGGGAUGUGCGUGGCCAUACUUGUGGGCAUGUCCAUCGUGAUGACGGACCUGUUGCGACAUAUUCCUCUGGCUGUGCUGUUUGGAAUCUUUCUAUACAUGGGUAUCACUUCCUUGACUGGCAUCCAGCUGUAUGAACGCAUCACACUUAUGGUCACCCCUGCAAAACACCACCCCGAUCACAUCUACGUCACCAAGGUAAAGACAUGGCGUAUGAACAUGUUCACCAUCAUCCAGCUGUUGUGUAUAGUGCUGCUGUGGGUGGUGAAGUCCACUGUGGCAUCCCUGGCCUUCCCCUUCAUCCUCAUCAUGACCGUGCCGCUCCGCAGACUCAUCCUCACCAGGAUUUUUGAGGAGAGGGAGCUAGCGGCGUUGGAUGCAGACGAAGACUCGCCCAAUUUUGACGAAGACGGCCGUGACGAGUACAACGAGAUUCACAUGCUUGUGUAGAAGCUGCUAUCGGAGAGCUGCCUUUGGGGUGGCGUUUUUAAUUCACCCUUUUACCACACCAACCAGUCUCAACGCACUACCAGUCUCAAAAAAAAAAAAAAAAACAC